CAAUCAAUUUAAAAAUUAAUGGGUAUAACAUUUGUAUAAAAUAUGUAGGUGUUUCUAGUAUUUUAUUUUAAAUUUUAAAUACUAAUUACUAAUAAAAAUUAUCUAUUGUAUUAAGUUGAAUUUUUAUUUAUUUGGCUCAUUAUUUUACAAAACUUAACUAUAUUGAAAUUCCUCGAUCUCGUUUCACUUUGUGAUCAGUGAAGAUUUUGAUUAACCAUGUCGGCUCAAUGCGAAAAAAUAAACUCCACCAGUCCAGUAUUCGAAUUUGGACCUAAAUUGAAGCUAUUGCGAUCAAACGACCAGGUCCGGGAAUUACAGACCAUUCUUAGAGACAAGUGAGUUGUAUAGCCAUUACAAAGGCAUUUAUGGAAGUCUUUGUACUUACGGUUUCCAGAAAUACAAGUCGAGCGGAUUUCAAAUUUUAUGCUGACCGUUUGAUUCGGCUAGUCAUUGAAGAGAGCCUGAACCAAUUGCCAUUCGAUAGUUGUAUGGUGAUGACACCCACUGGUAACUAUUAUAAAGGUACCAAAUACCAAAGAGGUAACUGCGGUGUUAGUAUUGUACGCAGCGGUGAGGCUAUGGAACAAGUAAGUGUUUUAUAUGUAUAUAAUUUUCAACACUACCUACCUAUUUACAUUAUUGAUGUUAUCAAUAUUUUAUUAUUUUAUACUAUUGUGUUUAGGGUCUACGAGAUUGUUGUCGGUCAAUUCGUAUUGGUAAAAUAUUGGUAGAAUCUGAUUCAGAUACUCAUGAAGCCCGUGUGGUGUAUGCAAAAUUUCCUCAUGAUAUAGCAGAUAGAAAAGUUCUAUUGAUGUAUCCAAUAAUGAGUGAGUUAUAUUAUGUUUAAAUAAUUAAAUUACAGAAGCAUUAACUUAAUUUUGUUUUGUUUUUUAGGUACAGGGAAUACUGUAAUCAAAGCAGUGAAUGUUUUAAAGGAACAUCGAGUGUCAGAGGAAAAUAUUAUUCUAUCAAAUUUAUUCACUACACCAAUUGCUGCUCAAACAAUUACCACAGCAUUCCCAUUGGUUUGUUUAAACUCUUAUAUACAACUAUUAUAAUUAUUCUUAUAUUAUUAGUACUUACUGAAUUAUGUUUUAUACUUAGAUGACUAUAUUAACGUCAGAACUAUAUCACAUCGCACCCAAUCACUUUGGCCAAAAAUAUUUUGGUACUGAUUAGAUUCAUUCUUUAAUUUAUAAUUAAUAUUUGCACAAAACAUUUCCGGUAAGUAAGAUUUUUACCAUGCAAAUUGCAAGUGACCAAUUUAAACAGACUUGAAUAUUAAUUAUUAUUUUUAACAAUUUAUUCCUAUCAGUCAAUUUUAAUCAUAAGAUUUGAUUUACAAUGUCUUAUAACUUAGAUGAUUUGAGAGCAACUUUUGUUAUUGUUAUUAUUUAGAUAUUUAAUUUAAUUUUUAAUUCUAAGAACUUUUAUAUUUCGACUGAAAUGUAUUCAAUAAAACCUGUUCUACUUGAAUAAAUAAUUCAAUUUUUAAUGAACAAAGAGUUUACUUUAGUAUUUAUUGAAAAAAAAUACUAAAAUGAAAUAUUGUAUAAAUAAUUUAAAAUUAUAAUUCAUAAUGAUAACAUGUAUACUUGUAAUAAAAAUUUAUUUUGACCGUUGAAUUUUUAUAGUCCAGUCUCGACAAUACUUUAAACUUAUUACCUUUAAUAUGAAAAACAAUUUUUUUUAAAUUUUGAAUUUAAUUAUUUAAAAAAAAAAAUAAAAAGUGAACUUGAUCAUAUUUCAAAAUAAAGUCAAAUUUUGAAUUUUAUUGUUAAAAUUUGAAAUUUAAGGUAAAAAAUAUAGAUCUACGAGACAAUUAAGAAAGUAUAAAAAGUAACAGUUCUAAAAUUAAAAUUAAAGUUUUCUCCUCAAUUUGUAAUUAAAAUUCCAUUGUUGGAAAUACAUAUAAAAAAAAGGACAAACAUAUUUUGCACGAUGGAUGGGUUACUGUUGUAAGUGAGACGUUGGGAAGGUAGCAUAUAGAGGAGAGUUUAAUGUAUAAUUGUAUGUAACAAUUCAUGAUUCCUAACAAAAAAACCCUGAGCGGUGUUAGGUUAUAUAUGUUUUGAUAGGCCUUAAUAUUUACAAUUUGAUAUUAAAAUUCCUAUAAAUAAAAAUUCUACAUUACACUUAAUUUUUUUAUUUUUUACCACUAAGUACGACUUAUAAUUUAUAAUAAACCUUUUAUUAAAUUAUCAAACAUUUCAUUUUUGUUUGGUCUCUAAUAAUUAAAUCCACAAAGUACUUAUUGAAUAAAAAUUCCGUAAAAAAAAAACACAAAAUUAAAAUGUCAGUAAAUAUUUAAAAAAAUGGCUCAAAUGUUUUGAAAAUUUUACCACGUUUAAAAAAGGCAAAUUUAAGUAGUCUAUCCGAAUUUGAAGUCCCUUUCUAUGAAUAUUUUUUACUGAAUCACAAAAACAAAAUUAAAAAUAUUAUAAAUUUUCUCAACCAUUAUGAAAACUAUUUGGAAAAUUAAAAAAAAAUGAUCUCAAUAGAGUACCACCCAGAUAAAAUUUAUUUUCAGGAAAGUUACUGCAUUUGAAAAUCGAAGCAAGAUUUCCAGUAGAAAUGAUGUUAGCAGAUAAUGAAAAAAAAAAAUUGUAAAACCAACACAUUUCUCACUUCACUUAGAAUCUAAAAACUUUCAUUUGUAUUCAAAUAGUGAUAAUUUUAUUGUUUGGUAAUUUGUUAAUUACUAGGGGUCCCGCGCCUGUGCUAAUUUGUGUUAUUAUUAUUUUACCCAUAUUCAUUUUUGGUUUUGACAGUGUUAAAAUUAUAAGUCCACCCUCGGCAGGCUAAAUGUGUUCCAUUGUGAAAUUUGAAUACUGUAAAUAAUAGUAAUAAUAAUAAUUUUAAUAGUUUUCUUUUCUGUGGCAACCCUUGAAUUAAUAAAAAUCUCAUCUUAUAUAUACAAUUCUCUGGUCACAGUAUUUGUUAUUCACUCCUGUUACCGGUGUAACACAAAUCAACAAAAAAAUUGUAUUUAUUAUAUUAUAAGGAAAAUUAUUUGGUGUUGCUCAUGUAUAUAUAUAUAUAUAUAUAUAUAUUUAAUUAGAUUGACGUGUUAUAAAACUAUCUAAUAGAAUUAUCACUCAAUAGAUUACGACAUACCAGUGGUUCCAUACUUAUGUUGUAUUAUCUCUUUAACCAUUUGUCCAAAUUAUAUGCAGCAAAAGGGAAAUGUCUUGUUUUAAACACUUGAGACGAUAAGUUAACUUAUUUUCAUAAGAAUUCAUAAUUUCAAGAAUUUUAAUAUGACCAAUAAACAUGUGAUAAUAAUUAAAAUUAUUUUUUUAGUAUAAAAAACUACUUAUUGUGAUUUAAAUAUAAAAGUUUUAUAUAUGCUGUCGCUGACUUUUUUGUAGGCAUUAUCAAACUACAACUUUUCUCUAGAACUCAUGUAUCUCUCGUCAUUAAGACAACAUUCGUAAGAAAUGUUUUUGUUCUGCGGUUUUACUUACUGUAUAUAACUGCCAUGAAAAAGUAUUUUUAUUUUUCAGGUUAAUAUAUAGUCUAUUACACUCACAAAUAAUGUAGCUUUCUAUUGGUAAAAGAAUUUUCAAAAUCGGUUCAGUAGGUCCAGAGAUUACCCCCUACAACCUCACAAACUCACAAACUUUACCUCUUUAUAAUAAUAGUAUAGGUAACUUGGUGAAUUAUCAUUUUAUAUAAAUCCCUCACUUAUAAAUUAAUACUUUUAUUUCUGACAAUUAGUAGCUUUAAAAUGUAAUUAUUUAUUGGGUACUACAUUAUUUAUAAAUGCUAUUACUCUCCAGAUAAAUAAUACACAAAUUUAAAUAUUUUAAACAAAUUUAUUAUCAUAUUAUUAAUAUUUUAAUACCUUUGGAAUAUGUUACUUCUAGACAAAAAAAACAAAUUAUUAAACUAUACUUACUUACCUCUUGAGCAUUGUAAGUGAUAAAUUUGGAAUUUUGAAUCUAGUUACCUGUUUAUUAGAAAUUUAUUUGAACUAAUGUUUUUAUAUUUAUACAUUCUUUUAGGCAAUAUAUCUUUGCAAUCCUGAUUUAUAAAAGUAUGUUUAAAAUAUUUGUAUGAAAUUGCUAACUAAUUAGGAAAGUAUAAAAAAAGUAAUUAUAAUAAAUGAGAAAAUCUUGUUGAAUUGACACAUGAAGUCUUCCAGCAACAAAAUUUAAAACUAAAUUUCUAAUUUAUUUGAAAAUUUUAACUAACUAAAACUAUAAUAUUAGGUAUGUUACUAAUUUGAUAUUGAAGUGAUACAAUAUGUUGAAUUUAUUUUUAAAUUAUAUUAUGUAUUUAAAGUAUUUACAGUAUUGGUUCAAUGUGUUAUUUGUGCUUUAUACAACUGUUGGUGUUUAUUUUAAUUUUAUAUUUAAUAUUCUACAUAAUAAAUGUACUAAUGUGGAUUAGAAAAUCGUAAAUCAAGAUUGUUUUUUUUUUUAAACUUUAAAAGAUCUUGUUAAAGAAUUGAGGUUGUAGGAGAAACAAUUUAUAAAAUAUUAUUUUAGUUUAAAAUCAUUCAAUAUUGCUAGCAAAUUUAUUUGGAAAUGUUUCCCAUGCCUGACUGCAACACCAUUCAAAAGACGUAAUGUAUUAAAAAUGUAGGACCUACAUUUUUAAUGAUGAAUGAAUCAUCAAAAAAAAAAAAAAAAAUACUGUAAUAUAAUGCUAAUAAACUAUAGAUAAUGUGUAUAUUUUAAUAUCUGGAUAAAUUUUUCAAUGUUUCUGCAUAAAUUUUAGUAUAAAUUGUUUUUGAUCUUAGUUCAAUAUUAACGUUGCAUUGUAUUCUUCCAUUUGUUUAACUGCUCUUUCUACAGUAUCAUAUACUAUUUUUAGUGAAUUAAUAAUUUGUUUACCAUUAAUAAAACUUACAUUAGAUUCCUAGGAUGUCUGAUUAUUUUUUAAGAAUUGGUUAUCAAUAUUAAAUCGAGAAAAUAAUUUUAAGCUACCUUGUGAAAUAAAUUUGUCAAUAUUUGUUGCUGUAAAAAGUAAAAUUAAUAGUUUAUAUUUUAUUUUGUGAGGAUAAAUUUUAAUAUUAUUUUCCGAAUUGCCACCAACAAAAAUUUGUACUAAUUCUAAAAAUUCACGAUAAUCUCCAUGAGAAUGUUUAAUUUCUAAUUUACUUUUAACAUAGUUCAGAAUAUCUUCCUUAACAUUUUCUAAAACAGCAUCACUUUCAAUUACAAUAUAAUAUUUAUUUAUAUCUAAUUCAUGCCAUUUUUUUUGGAAAUUUUUAAUUAAUGAAAUGAUUGAGCUCGAUGAAUUUGUGGUAUUUUAAUUUUAAAAAAGGCUAAUAAAUGUAAUGCUUAUAAGAAGGAUAUAGAUAGGAUAGUAGAUCUUAACCUAAUUUUUGUUCUAUUAAAAUAUAUGCUCCAUUUAAGCGUUCUAUUUCGGACACAGUUGUAUCACAACACAAAGCUUGAAAAAUAACAAAUAAUUUCCAUUCUUGUAAUGCAUUACAUACGGCUGCAGCUUGUUCUUCCCAGUUGAUCGCUGAAGUUAUGGAAUGUUUAUAAUUUGUUUUAUAUUUUGACUUGUACUUACAAUAUUGGAAGUCGUUCAACUGUUGUAUUUUUAACUUUAGUGUCUGGUAAUAAUUAUAUUUGUAUUAUGAUUAUUUUAAUUGAUAGAAAAAGUCCUAUGGGAACUAUAUAAAAUCAUUUUAGCUGAUAUUAUUAUUUAUUAUUAAUACCUACCUAUGAAAAAAUACGAAAAUUGUGAUUUUAUAGAAUCAAGUUAAUGUACUUCAUGAAAACGGCAUGAGAUAUGAAAAAAAAAAUGUCUAUAAAAGUUAUAGGAAAUUUAAUUUACUUUAAAAUAUUUAAAAAAAAAAAAUGUCGAUAUUUCUAACAGUUAACAAAAUAUUUACCGAGAUAUUGAAAAUUUUUUUAAAUAAUGAAAAAUGUAUCAAAUUCAAACUUCAAGUUCAAUUCAUCACGAAUUAACUUUAUUUGAUAAUACACAAUUUUUUGUAGUUCACUUUUAUACAUAUACACACAUAUAGAGGGUGAGACAAAAUAUGUUAUGAUAUUUUUUUUUCAAUAUAUAUAGUUAAGUUAUAUAUACACCUUAAUAGGUGUUAGUAGGUAAAAAAAGUUAAUUUUGAGAUUGAUUGCAAAAUACCUUAUUUGUUUGUUUUAUUAAUUUAUUCAAUUUUAAGAUAUUUGUUUUUUUACACAAUCUAUUUAUUUCAUAAAUUACAAAUAUAUAAUUAUGGAUUAAUUAUUAAAAUGAUCUGUGAUUUAAAUAAUUCAAAAUGCAAGUAAAUAUACCUUAUUAUGACACCAUGACCAAUAAAAGCUUUUGGUUUUUCAUAUUUUAAAUUAAUCCCGUUAAUCUAUUUUUCAAUUUGACAACCUUAUUGCUGAAAAUAAUAAUAGAUGCUUUUAAUUUAAGGUAUUUUUCAGAAUGAAGCUGUUGAUACAUUUUUUUCAGACUGCAGCAAGAGAUACCAAAGUUAUAUAAGCAUUAAACGCUUUAAUAAGAUAAUUUCACGCGUUUGAAGACAAUGCCUGAAGACUACUGACCUCUAACCGAACGCGAUCAACUGAUCUCUGAACAGUACCAAAAGUCACAAUAACCAUUGAGAAAACCUACUCAAAAUGAGUAUAUGUUGACCAUAACAAAUUAGAAUUUGUUCAAAACAAUGCCAAUAAAAUAAAUAAUUAAAUGA